GCAUCAAAUAUCCAAUCUGAAUCAAAUCAGAUCUAAACCCUUCUUCUUCCUCAAGCAGCGACGAGCACCAACGAACCCUAGGUUCGAUUUCCUCGCUCUUUUCUUCAAAUUCUUGGCCAAAUUUCUUUGAAUUUCUCCCAAAUUCAUCUUCAAUUUCAUCAAAAUGCCAAGGAGAAGACCGGAGAAGCCGCCUCACGUCCCAACCUUAGGUGCGAUUUGGAGAUUGGACAGCCUAACCUACGUCCAUACUCAAUCCAACAUCCGUUUCGCCAACACCUCGGAUGUUGAGAAGUUCCACAAAGAGUUUCUGGACAGGGAGAUUAUCUCACCAAAGAUCGUUGAGCCGGCCCUCUUCAAUGACGUAACCUAUGCCCCGUGCAAAGCUCCCUUCCAAUGGCAAGGUUUGCUAAAGUUUAUCUCUUUGAAAUAUGACUUUUAUUGUCCUAAUCUCAUUUGUCAAUUUUAUUCAACUCUCCGCAUCACUCUCGGAGAUAAUCCGGACUUGGUUGCUGAUGUUGACGGCAAAACCAUUACGGUUACCGCAAAGACCUUGACGGCUAUUCUUGGUCUCUGUCAAGGUGACAUCCGUGGAAAUUUUGACAACACCUUUGAGGACAAAACCAUUUGGCAACAAAUCGGCGUCCCUUUUCAUAGGCUUUCAUACGCCAACUCCUCAAACCCGAGUGUCACCAAUCUCACUUUGACACAACGGGUUCUUCAAUACAUUUUUUGUUAUGUCUUGUUGCCUCGAGACUCAAACCAUGGCGUCGUUAAAAAGGAUGAUAUCCGCUUGUUUCAUGUUCUUUUGAACGAUGUCAAAUUUGAUUGGAUCCAUUUCUUUCUCAUUGCUCUACGUGAUGGCUCUCGACUCCAUCACCUUCAUUUUUCCGUCCCUAUUAUGCUGAUCCUUCUCAAUUCGGGGGUGGACUUUUCACGGGACAUAAGGGUACCGGUGACGAAGACGUGCUUCAUCCAAGAGACGAAGUUCAUCCGUUUCGUUUGCCAGAACGAGGGUGAAAUGCCUCAACAAGGAGUGAUCGAGCAAACUGAAGGCAUCCUUGAGAGUGAAGCCGAGACCAAGGCCAUUCGUAGCCGCUCUAGAGCUGGACCUAGCAAUGCUGGCGAAGGAACAAGCAAUGCAGGGGAAGAAACUAGCCGAGCCACGGUAAGAGAAGCCCGACGCCAACGCCCAAAACCGAGAGCGGAUGAGACCGAGCCUUCUUGGGUCUGGAGGAUUUUGGAUGCCAUCACAUGUGUUCGUGAUGACAUCAGACAUCUUACCAUUCGAGUCUCCCGCCUUGAGGAUUCUCGCUACUCUCGCUCAUACCGAGGUCCACGUCAUAGCGUUUCUGGAGGACAUAGGCCGGCAAAUUCUCUUUGACCUUGUUUUUAAACUUUAAGGACUAAUGAUUUUUUUUAUCAUGACUUGAUUCUUGUUUAUGACAUUAUGAUAGCUCCUUGUUGGUUGUUUGUUUAAACUCCAAUUAUUAUUGCUUAUGUGAUUGUUUGGCAAUAUGUUUCUCUCCUAGAACAUAUUGUCCCUUUGAAAAUCAAAUAGAACUAGUUAA